CGUUGAUUGUUUUGACUUUGACAUCACCACGCAAAGUAACCUAGCCUAUGUAUACGACAUAUUCCAACAUGUCUUUAAAGACUCUUUGCUGUCUUUAUUGAGGAUUUAACUACUUUGAAAUCGAACGUUUGGAAAGACUGACAUUGGAAAAUGUCGUCUCCAGAAUCGGGAAGUGGAAAGGAGGCUGCUGAAGGCUACAAGACCCCCGGACUUAGAGGGGCGAAGACAACCACGCUUUUCCGAGCUGUCAACCCUGAGUUAUUCAUCAAACCGAACAAACCUAUGAUGGCUUUUGGGCUUGUGACAAUCACCUUGUGCGUGGGGUAUCUGGGUUACCUGAACGCGAUCAAAGAAAACGACCAACAGUUGUAUGAAGCCGUCGACAGUGAAGGAGACCGAUACAUGAGGAGAAAGACUUCUAAAUGGGACUGAUCAUGUAGGCUAUGAUCUGAAUACUAAAAUUACUUUUGUUUUAAGAAAGUAGGUGGAUGAUUAAAACAUGUUCAACA